AAGGAGACGUGGCGGCGGCGGUUGGGUCACGGGCUGCUUGGGCGCUUGGUAGUCCCGCCGCCUCCUCCUCCUCCUCCCCCUCCUCUCCUGUGUGGGCAGAGGAGGUUGUGGCAGCGGCUGGAGAAGUCGGCGGCGGAGGAUGGAGGAAGGAGGCGGCGGCGCGCGGAGUCUGGUCCCUCGCGGGCCGGUGUUAUUGGUCCUCUGUGGCCUCCUAGAGGCGUCCGGCGGCGGCCGAGCGCUCCCCCAGCUCAGCGAUGACAUCCCUUUCCGUGUCAACUGGCCCGGCACCGAGUUCUCUCUGCCUACAACUGGAGUUUUGUAUAAAGAAGAUAAUUAUGUCAUCAUGACAACUACACAUAAAGAAAAAUAUAAAUGCAUUCUUCCCCUUGUGACAAGUGGGGAUGAGGAAGAAGAAAAGGAUUAUAAAGGCCCUAACCCAAGAGAGCUGCUGGAGCCACUGUUUAAACAAAGCAGUUGUUCUUACAGAAUUGAGUCGUAUUGGACUUAUGAAGUAUGUCAUGGAAAACACAUUCGGCAGUACCAUGAAGAGAAAGAAAGUGGUCAGAAAGUAAAUAUUCACGAAUACUACCUUGGGAAUAUGUUGGCUAAGAACCUUCUAUCUGAAAAAGAACAAGAAGCAGAAGAAAAAGAAAAAUCAAAAGAGAUUCCCACUAAAAAUAUCGAAGGUCAGAUGACACCCUACUAUCCUGUGGGAAUGGGAAAUGGUACACCUUGUAGUUUGAAACAGAACCGGCCCAGAUCAAGUACUGUGAUGUACAUAUGUCAUCCUGAAUCUAAGCAUGAAAUUCUUUCAGUAGCUGAAGUUACAACUUGUGAAUAUGAAGUUGUCAUUUUGACACCACUCUUGUGCAAUCAUCCUAAAUAUAGAUUCAGAGCAUCUCCUGUGAAUGACAUAUUUUGCCAGUCACUGCCAGGAUCACCAUUUAAACCCCUCACCCUGAGACAGUUGGAACAGCAGGAAGAAAUACUAAGGGUACCUUUUAGGAGAAAUAAAGAGGAAGAUUUGCAAUCAACUAAAGAAGAGAGAUUUCCAGCAAUUCACAAACCCAUUGCUGUUGGUUCUCAGCCAAUGCUCACUGUUGGAACAACUCACAUAUCCAAAUUGACAGAUGACCAACUCAUAAAAGAGUUCCUUAGCGGUUCUUACUGCUUUCACGGGGGUGUUGGUUGGUGGAAAUAUGAGUUCUGCUAUGGCAAACACGUACAUCAAUACCAUGAGGACAAGGAUAGUGGGAAAACCUCUGUGGUUGUGGGGACAUGGAACCAAGAAGAGCAUAUUGAAUGGGCUAAGAAGAAUACUGCUAGAGCUUAUCACCUUCAAGACGAUGGUACCCAGACAGUCAGGAUGGUGUCACAUUUUUAUGGGAAUGGAGAUAUUUGUGAUAUAACUGACAAACCAAGACAGGUGACUGUAAAACUAAAAUGUAAAGAAUCAGAUUCUCCUCAUGCCGUUACUGUAUAUAUGCUAGAGCCUCACUCCUGUCAAUAUAUCCUUGGGGUUGAAUCUCCAGUGAUCUGUAAAAUCUUAGAUACAGCAGAUGAAAAUGGACUUCUUUCUCUCCCCAACUAAAGGAUAAUAAAGUUCGGGGAAAGAAAAGAUCAUUGAAAGUCAUGAUGAUUUCUCUCUGACUGUGUGUCUCAUUACAGAGUUCUCCGCCAUUGGACCUCAUCUAAAGGAUCAUAUAAAAGGACUCUCAACCACUUUGUGAAUAUAUAUGUGUAUAUAAGAGGUUAUUGAUAAACUUCUAAGGCAGACAUUUGUCUCACUUUUUUCAUUUUUGUUGUGUCUUAUGAACUGAUUGUGUUUUUCUUUGCUUGGAUAAUGUGAUUCCAAAAUAAAUCUCAUCCAAGCAAUUUAGAGUUCAUCCUAAUGAAAUAUCAUAAUUGUUAUACCCACUGAAAGUUUAUAAAUAAUAGAUUUAUUAUGUAAAUUAUAGUAUAUAUAACUAAUGAAAUAAAGAUAAUGAAGAAGGAAAUUGAUAGGAGGUUGCUUAAAUGAGAGACCAUGUAAAAUAUGUAAAUUCUAGUGCCUGAGAUCCUUUCAACAAAUUUUUCUUUAGCUGCUCUCUACCAGGUAUUAAACUAGAAACUGGGCACAUAGUAGAGCCUCACGUGUAAGUUGUCUUCACCUCUGUUAGUCUCAAGAAACUCUUAUUUGUAAGAGAUGCCUCUCUCUCAGAACUUUUAUCUGUUUGUUUCUCCUUGAUAUGAGUGUGUUUUCCACCGAAGUAUGUAUCUGGUGUAGACAUCAGUGAUUCUUCUCCUUUGACUUAGAAUGGUUUACUUUAACAAAACACUAUGCUGGUUAUCCUUUGUACUUGCCUACUAUAUACUACAGAUUUUAGUUCUAGACACUUUUACAGCACAAUAUUUAUUUUAAAGUGAAUAAAAUGUCCACAAGCA